AUGGCGAUCAUGAACGGACGUUCGAUUAGCUUCUCCUGGGAGGAAAAGAAAGACUACGCCGGCGCCUUCGUCUCGGUGUGCAGCAUCGGCCUGCUCCUCAUGGUCAUCCUCCUGCCCCUGUCCUUCUCCUACGUCGAGUACCACCAGUACGGCCUGAAGCAGCGCAAGUCCACGGGCACGGUCGAUGUCACCAAGGUGUACGACUCCGGACGCUACGCCAUCGGCCCGGACUACAAGUUCCUCACGUAUCAGGCGGACGCGCACGUCCUGGAUCUCGACGAGCUGUCAGUGUUCUCCGCUUCCGGCGGCGACAACAGCAUCGGCCUCGAGUUCGUGCUGGACGUUCACCUGACGUACACGCUGCAGAAGGACAAGAUCGGCGAGAUGCACAAGUCCAUGGCCACGUCGUACAGGACCAUCAUCGCCAGCCGCGCCAAGGAUGCCAUCAAGAACAGGGCAUCCAUCGACAUCUCCUUCACGGACUUUUUCGAGAACCGCGAGAACGUGGAGUCCGUUCUGCGGGCGGCGGUGAUCACACGAUGGGCCGAAGCUCCCGCGCUCCCGGCGGUGCUGGAUCAGUUUCACAUCGGUCGGAUCAAGAUCCCGGAGAACGUCGCCCGGAAGCAGCUGGAGACCAAGCUGCAGAACGAGCGCAACGACAAGGAGACGUCCCUGCAGAAGGCGCUGGUGGAGCGCGAGCUGACCAAGGUUGAGGUCGGCAAGAUUCUGAACGAGAAGGAGAAGACGCUGCGCUCUGCGGAGGCGGAGGCGACGAGGAUCAAGGCGAAGGCCGUCUCAGACGCGCAGAAGACCGUCCUCGAGGCCCAGUCCACGGGUCUCAAGCUCCUCACAGGGUCUAGCGGACUCGACAUCUCGAACUCGGGAUACACCGAUCAGCAAAAAGACAAGCUCAAGGUUCAGCUGGACUACAUCAGGGCGCUGAGGAACCGCAAGAACGCCACGAACAUCGACAUCAGCUUCUUGAACGGCGGCGUCAAGACCUUUUAGGUAGUCUACCUAAAAAUCUGUGUAACAGUACGCAUGUUAAUCACAUU